GGUGUUCCAAUCCCCUCCAUAUCAUGUGAUUCAGGUGUUCCAAUCCCCUCCAUAUCAUGUGAUUCAGGUGUUCAAAUCCCCUCCAUAUCAUGUGAUUCAGGCGUUCCAAUCCCCUCCAUAUCAUGUGAUUCAGGCGUUCCAAUCCCCUCCAUAUCAUGUGAUCCAGGUGUUCCAAUCCCCUCCAAUCAUGUGAUUCAGGUGUUCCAAUCCCCUCCAUAUCAUGUGAUUCAGGUGUUCCAAUCCCCUCCAUAUCAUGUGAUUCAGGUGUUCCAA